AUGGGGGAUGCCGAGGCAGAGAAAGCUGGACUUAGCACACAGCCUUGGUCGGGAGGGGCCUGCAACUGCAACCUGCACGCCCGGCGCUGCCGCUUCAACAUGGAGCUGUACAAGCUGUCGGGGCGCAAGAGCGGCGGCGUCUGCCUCAACUGCCGGCACAACACGGCGGGGAGGCACUGCCACUACUGCAAGGAGGGCUUCUACCGAGACCUCAGCAAGCCCAUCUCCCACCGCAAGGCCUGCAAAGAGUGCGAUUGCCAUCCCGUGGGUGCCGCCGGCCAAACCUGUAACCAAACCACGGGCCAGUGUCCCUGCAAGGACGGGGUCACCGGCAUCACCUGCAACCGCUGCGCCAAGGGCUACCAGCAGAGCCGCUCUCCCAUCGCCCCCUGCAUAAAGAUCCCCGCCGCGCCCCCCACCACGGCCGCCAGCAGCACGGAGGAGCCCGCAGAUUGUGACUCAUACUGCAAAGCCUCCAAGGGGAAACUGAAGAUCAACAUGAAGAAGUACUGUAAGAAAGACUAUGCUGUUCAGAUCCACAUCCUGAAAGCGGAAAAAAAUGCCGACUGGUGGAAGUUCACAGUCAACAUCAUCUCCGUCUACAAACAAGGGAGCAACCGGAUACGGCGCGGAGACCAGACCCUGUGGAUCCACUCCAAGGACAUAGCGUGCAAGUGCCCCAAAAUCAAGCCCAUGAAGAAGUAUUUGCUGCUGGGCAACAACGAGGACUCUCCUGACCAGAGCGGCAUCAUUGCGGACAAAACCAGCCUGGUGAUCCAGUGGCGGGAUACGUGGGCCCGGCGGCUCAGGAAGUUCCAGCAGCGGGAGAAGAAGGGGAAGUGUAAGAAAGCCUAAAAGGAGGAGAAGGCCACGGAGGGCGCGGGAGGGAGAGACUGACUGUGCAUGCUGCUUUGUGUAGAGCUGGGGCGGGCAGGGACCGGUGACGGGGACGCGCCGCCGGGGCGGG